AUGGGUAGCAUCACCCCCGCCCCCUGUCCCUCCUCCCUCCCCUACUGGCAAACCAACAUCCCCUCCACCGCACACACCGCGCACUGUCCGCCCUCCCUGCAAUCCCUCUCGCAAAAAGACAUCCACAUCCUGCUCACCCCCGACUCCGCCUCACCCACCCUCAGCUGGCCCGCCGUGCGCAACAUCAUCCGCACCAACCGCCUCGAUCUCUUCCAGCGCCGCCCCUCCCAGCUCCGCAAAUAUCUCGAAUACUGCUACGCCAUCAAACAGUCCCACGGCUCCAUGAUGCGCUUUAUCCUCGAUGAGAAAUUGCACUGGCGAGAGUCCGAUUUGUGUGCACGCCAUCCGCCCUUUAGUGAUGCGGGGGAAUAUAAAAUUUUAUUGAAUGAUUGGCCCUAUGGCAUUGAUGAGAAAAUUGUACAUUUGGUCGUGUGGACGAAAUUCGCGCUGGAAGAUGAUCUCGAGACGGGGGAUACGAGGGAGGAUGCGAAGAGGGAUAUUCAGACGUGGGUGGAUCGCGUGUUUGGGGAAAAGUGUGGGGGUGAGAAUGUCAUCUGGUUUAGAAAUUGGAGAAGCUUGAAAUCGAUACAUUCGGUAGAACAUUUCCACGUCAUGCUGUAUGAUCCGGCUCCUGAAUUUGUGAGGAAAGUGACGGGAAGUAUGUGA